AUGUCUGAUCGCAGCUUUACCGCUCGACCACUACCGAAGCAACAGGCUCGAAAGGACCUCAGAGAUGCCUUUCGCGUUCAUCUUUCCUCCUCCUCGCUGGCUGCACUGAGACUCCAAACCGAGGGUAUCUGCAUUCUGAAGCAAGGCGAUGGACCGCCGAGGACUGCGAUAGCGUGGUACGCCUCGGAGAACAUCCCAGGUACAGUCAUGCAAAUAUCCAAAACCCUCCAGGAUUGCUAUGAGAUCAAAAUCGGAGAGAAGGUCGCAGUCACGAGAGCCGAUGGUCCCCUGGAAGCCAUCCAAAGUGUGACGUUGACAGAUUCCUCCGACCCCGAGAAGAUCGAAAGAUAUGGCUCUAUAUCGGACAGUGACAGACCGCACUGGGAAUGGGCCUUGGAUGAGAAGCUCCUAAGAUGCGGAUCCCUAACGACGGGCCUGACCUUUGAGCUAGAGCUUAGGGGCCAGCACCGAAGUUUUAAAGUGGCCAACAUCCACUCCCAGAAUCCUAGCUCUACCCAUACGCUUUUCCAGUUCACCGAAGCUUCGCGCACUUCCCUAGGGCCCGUCAUAGAAGAGAAACGAGAAAUCGCGUCGGGCAUUGAAGUCCAGCCCACCGGUCUUGGGGGGCUAUCGCGUCAAAUCGACGACAUUAAUGAGAGCUUGUCUGAUUUCAAUAAUGAUCCCCGAAAGCCUGUCAUGCCGCAAUUCUACGAAAACAGCCGAGGGAUCCUGCUCUAUGGACCCAAAGGAACGGGCAAAACCAGCCUCUUGAACCAGAUUGAAAAAGCUGGCUGGAAACAAACAUUCAAAAUUGGGACUUCUACCCUGGGUAGGAGCACUGGUGAAGGCGAGCUCAAGCUCCGUAACAUUUUCCAAGAGGCUGCCCGCUCCAAACCCAGCGUUAUCAUUAUUGACCAGCUCGAGUUCAUUGCACCAAAACGAACCUCAAUUGAGUCACAAUCACUCGCCUCUGUCUUGUGCGAGAAUCUGGACCUCAUUAGAAAUUCCUCGAUUCUGGUCGUGGCCGCGACAAGGCACCCCAAUCAAGUUGAUGAUGCUCUGAGAACGCCUCAUCGACUGGGAACAGAAAUUGAGCUCCAAGUUCCCACCUCCCACGAUCGAGCUGAAAUACUACGCGCCAUUCGCGGGCCGGUAUCGAGUGGUCUCACUGAUGAGCUUGUCGAUUUGCUGGCCGAGAAAACCCACGGAUGGUCAGACAUCGGAGGUCAGCAUGAUAUCAAGAAACGUCUCCAACAAGCCGUUGAGCGGCCUUUGAAGUAUCCCCAACGUAUGCGCAGACUCAAUGUGAAUAGCAAGAAGGGUGUCCUGCUGUAUGGGCCUCCAGGUUGCUCCAAAACCCUGACAGUCAAAGCAUUGGCUACCGAAGCCGGUCUGAACUUCUUAGCAGUCAAGGGAGCAGAGAUCCUCAGCAUGUACGUGGGAGAGUCCGAGCGGUCCUUGAGGGAGAUAUUCCGGAAAGCUCGCGCAGCACGACCUAGUAUCAUCUUCUUCGAUGAGAUUGAUGCCAUUGCCGCACGACGCGGUAGUAGCUCUGGGGGAGUCAAUGUCCUUACAACUUUGCUGAACGAGAUGGAUGGUAUUGAGGAGCUUCGAAAUGUCCUGGUAAUUGCCGCAACCAACAAGCCCGAUGUUUUAGACCCGGCCCUCAUGCGUCCUGGGCGUUUGGAUAACAUCCUUUAUAUUGGACCCCCGGAUUUUGAAGCACGCAAAGAGAUCAUCCGCAUAUGGGCCAACAAAUCCGUGGUGAACCCGGAUGUUGAUUUAGAGGACCUGGCCUCUCUGACAGAGGGAUACUCUGGUGCAGAAAUCGUGAGUAUCUGCGAAACAGCUGGAGAUGCAGCACUUGAUGAAGAGGAAGAGACCCAACAGGAGUUGGAUGUGCAGUGGAAGCAUUUUGAAUAUGCUCUAGGCCAGGUGCGGCGACAGAUCACGGAUACUGUCAUCCAGGAGUACGAACGAUGGAGGGAGGGUCAGAAAUAG